AUUAAAGUGGUAGGAAAUGACGUGGCAUGGCUGAAAAUCGGAAAAGAUGGUCGAUUAUACGCGCUGAACCCUCUCAAGGGGUUCUAUCAGCAUGUAGAAGGAUUCACGCCAGUGAAGAAUUCUGCUGGAAAAGACUUCCUAACCAAAGAUACGAUUUUCACGAAUGUCGGAUACACGUCAAAUGGUCAGCCGAUUUGGAAUUCAUCCGAUUCUAACCGCGUUCAACAUGAAGUGAGUUACGAUUGGAAUGGACAGCCGUUGAAUGAUAACGCACAAAGGUUAGUCACUUGA